AUGAAUUCAUUCUUUUUCUGUAAAAUAACGCCGUGUUUGUUGGUACUAAACGACUGCGGUAUAGACAGUGCCGGAUCUAGUAAUUUGAGUAUAAAAUGCGCAGAUGUGGUAGAACUUGAUUUGGCACAAAACAGACUCACAAAAUGGCCCGAAGUAUUAAAUAUAUUAUAUUCAAUGCCUCGAUUAAAAUUUGCAAAUUUGUCAUUUAAUAACUUGUCGGAAAAACUCGAACAAAAUUUGACGUCGAACGCUUUCCCGGAUUUAAGUAGUUUAGUAUUAAAUUCUACUCACAUAACCUGGGACACGAUUCAAAAACUUUUAAAAUCGAUGCCACAAUUACAAGAAUUACAUUUGAGCUUUAACGAUUUUCACAAAAUAGGACUUUGUGAAAAUUGCCUUUCGAAAAAGGAAAAACAUGAUAAAAAACUUGUACAACAUUAUGGAGUUAAAAGAUUACAUUUUACAGGGAAUCCAAUAAGUAGUUGGAACGAAAUAAUAAAAUUAGGAGAAUCAUUUCCUCAACUCGAAUCCCUCGUCAUUGCCGAAUGUCCGAUUAAAACAUUGCAAAAAAAUAUAUCGGCUCAUCAUUGGUUUAGACAUUUGAAAAUUCUCAACAUGAAUUACACGUUGUUAAAUUCAUGGGAUGAUGUUGAUAGAUUAGGAAAAUUUCCACAAUUGAACUGUUUAAGAAUACAAGGGUGUCCAUUGUUCGAGUCUUUACAAUAUACCGAACACGAAAGACGACAACUUUUAAUUGCGAGAUUGGGUAACGUUCAAACUCUUAACGGUGGAGGAGUGAUAGGUGCCGAAGAAAGAGAAGAUGCAGAAAGAGCUUUUAUACGACAUUACAUGGAAAAACCUGAAAGUGAUAGGCCUGAACGUUACGGAGACCUAAUAAACAUACACGGUAAACUGGAACCACUCGUAAAUGUGGAUUUGACUCCAGAAAAACGCGUUACGAUAACGGUGUCGUGUAAGGAAAUAUCGGAAAGGAGGUGUUUGAACGUGUACCAAACGGUGGCGGAAUUAAAAACAAAAUUAGACGGAUUUGCUGGAAUACCAGGUCGUAAAAUGAGGUUGUUUUAUUUGGACCAGGAAAUGAAGGGAGUAACUGGACCGGAGGAAAUGAGAUUUCCAAACAAACAACUUUAUAGUUAUAACAUAUCAAAUGGAGAUGAAAUCAUUGUAGAUUCUAAAUUGGGAACUUUCAAAUCGGUCCCAUAA